AUGGAGGACGAGACGAACGUCAAGGGGGAAGGCCCCCAAGGGGACAGCCACGGUGGGCACCACAACACGCACCACAACCCGAAGGAUAACCUGAAGGAUGACCUGAAGGAUGACCUGAAGGAUGACCCCGAUGAGCGAAAGCUGAAGUUCCUGAUCGAGGGCAAAAUGGUGGAGACGAAAAACGCAGUGGAUUUCAUAAAGCCCCUGAAGGACGACAUUAAGGCGUUGGACUUUCUCCUCUUCGACAUGCUCAAAGAUAACCUGCCCAACAAGCUUUUCGAGACCUUAUGCACUAUCCACGAUUUGUCUGAAAAAUACAGCGAAAACCAAACGCAGGAAAAUUUUAACUCUUUAAAAAGUUCUAUAUACAAUUUGGAUGAUGAGUAUUUAGGGACCAUUGUGAAUGCCUUUGGGCAUAUGUGUAUUUUAUCCAACUUUGCAGAAUGGGCUCAUAGAGGAAGGAGGAGAAAAGCGUUCGAUAUGUCCUUCACCCCGAAUGAAAGAAUAUACGGGUCGGUGUAUGAAACGCUGAAGGGAACCUUCCACAUGCUAAUCAAGAGCGGUUUCGACAUAAACCUGAUUUAUGAGCAGCUAUGCAAUCAGACAAUAGACUUCGUACUGACUACCCACCCAACGCAAGCCAUUCGGACGUCACUUUUGAAAAACUACAUACAGCUAGCUGAAUUGUUACUAAAGCUGGACAACACAGAUAAAGAAUUGUACAAGAAAAAAAUCUUAUAUGAUAAUUUGAAAACAUACUUGCUAGCCGCAUGGAAAACGGAUGUCAUUCGAAGGAUUAAACCUACGCCGAUCGAUGAAGCCAUUUCGCUAGUCGACAUAGUGGAGAAUUGCAUCUUCUACAGAAUCCCAAACAUUAUAAGGUAUAUUGAUAACGUCUUUUAUGAAUAUAAUUUACCCCCCCUCAAAUUGGAAUCAAAAAUUUGUCUUUUCUCCUCAUGGGCAGGAGGAGACAGAGAUGGGAAUCCAUUCGUGCUACCAGAAACGACCAGAUACGUCUGCUAUAUGAACAAAAUAAGGGGAUGCGAAUUGUUCAUUCCGAUGAUAGAAAAACUGAUCAGGGAUUUAACCCUCCACCAUUGCACUGAACAUUUUAAAACGUAUGUGAAGCUCCUCGAAGAUGAAGUUUCUCACUACAUUUUCGACAAAGACAAAAAGUACCUGGCGCAGAAAUUCCUCUGGUUUUCUCCCUUAUCUAAGACGAACAAAAGUGAAAUAUAUAGAAGUGCUCUUCUAGUCGUCUGGGCAAAACUGAAAAGUACCGUGCAAGUUUACAAGUCUCUCAUUUCCCACCAACCUGUGGAUACGAAUUUUGAAAAAUUAAUGUUUAACAGUUCAGAGGAAUUGGAGGAAAUCCUCAUGGAGUGUUACAAAAGUUUGUCUGAUUCUGGAAAUGCGCUCAUCGCUGAAGGGUACCUAAAAGAUGUCAUUCGAAAUGUAAAGAUAUUUGGUCUCCAUCUGAUGAAACUGGAUAUUAGACAAGAAUCACAGAAGCACAUUCAGGCCAUGGAUUACAUCUGUGAGAAACUGCAAACUGGAAAGUACUCCCUCCUAUCUGAGGAAGAAAAAAUCGACUUCCUUACAAACAUCCUUCAAUCGAAUAGACCACUAAUACCAAACAAUAUACAGCAGGAGGAAGACGUCCCUAGCGACUUCCUAAACGUAAUAAAAACGUUUGAUGUGUGUUCGCAAAUUGAGGAGAGUGCACUAGGGGCUUACAUCGUAUCCAUGUGCAACCACGCGUCCGAUAUCCUCCUAGUGGAGGUCUUCCAAAAGGAACUGAAAAAAAAUGCAAAGAGAAAAACGCAAAGAGUUGUCCCCCUUUUGGAAACAAUCCAGUCCCUCCAAAUGUCUUGCACCAUUUUGGAAAACUUAAUUAAGAACCCAUGGUAUAGAACCCAUUUGAGAACCCACUUUGAUAACAAGCAAGAAAUUAUGAUUGGCUACUCCGAUUCGGGCAAAGAUGGAGGCAGAUUCACAUCUGCCUGGGAAUUAUUCAAGGCACAGGAAAAGCUCGUACAUAUUGGGAAGCAAUACUCCGUGGAGGUUCGCUUCUUUCAUGGUAGGGGUGGCAGCGUCAGUAGAGGAGGAGGACCACAACAUCUAGCCAUUCUUUCACAACCAAUCAAUACGAUAAAGAACUACCUUAGAGUUACCAUACAGGGGGAAGUCAUCACCCAAGAUUUCUGCUUAAAAGGAAUGAUGCUACGGUCGAUAGAAACAUACAUUAGCGCUCUCCUAAAAUGCUCCCUCUUAAAGAAUACAGUUCUAGUAAAGGACGAAUGGAGAGAACUCAUGGACCAAAUGAGCCAACUCACCACAAAGGAGUACAGGCACGUGGUCUACGAAAAUGAAGACUUCGUGAAAUACUUCAGAUGUGCAACCCCACAGGUGGAAAUAGGAAAACUGAAUUUAGGAUCAAGACCAUCGAAGAGAAAACAAGGAAAUGUAGAAUCGCUGAGGGCAAUUCCUUGGGUUUUCUCCUGGACACAAAACCGAAUGCAUCUACCUGUAUGGCUUGGAAUAGAAAAAUUGUAUGAUUACCUCAUAGAAAAAAACAAAUUAGGGCUCCUCCAAGAUAUGUAUAAAAACUGGCCCUUCUGUACCAGCUUCUUUAACCUUAUCAGUAUGGUUAUGGCGAAGGCAAGUUUGCAAAUAACAGAGGAAUAUGAUAUUCUCGUCCCAGAGGAGCUAAAAUAUAUUGGUAUCAUGCUCAGGGAGAAACUGAAAAAAGCCAUGGAACUCACUGCACUCGUUACGAAUGAGAAAACCUUCUGUGACAAUGACAUACUGACGAAACGCUCGAUCGAAAGUAGGACCAAAUGGGUGGUCGUCUGCAAUUUAAUUCAAAUUCAGGCACUUAAGCGAUUACGGGAGAGGCAACGUGAGUGGGAACUAGCACAAGGGAAGGAUCUACCUAAAAAGAAUAGUGACAACACCCCCACAGGACAGGAACAACCGAUGACUACCCAAAGCGCCCACCCGAUGCAGACACACACAAACGAUGAAGAACAAAAACUAAACAAUUCAUUAACGAAGGAUGAGUUGGAUGGACAGUAUGGAGGUCCUAUAAGUCGGAAAAAAAGCAAACGCAUUCACUCCUACUUGAGUAGGAAAAAAAGCAAAUUAAUUCAAAACCCAAAGUACCAUCCUCUGUUGGAGUCAUACUCCUCUGCCUACAUACAAAGUGAAGGAGAAAAUGACUUAUUUUUUGAGGACCUAGGGGACAUGGAUCUGUCCUAUGGAAAACCCGCCUCCAAAUCGUACGAUUCCACGUAUGAUGAGGUGACGAAGACCUACAUUGAUUACACCUCCCUCAAUGAUGCCCUCAUAGUGUCUAUCAAGGCCAUAGCUGCGGGCAUGCAGAACACGGGCUAG